AUGGCUGUGUCAGUAAAAACCCACAGCCAAACAGCCAAAGUCACUCACAUUAUCGAUGGCUUCAUCAGGGACGAUUUGGAUUCUCCACCAUGGGAAAUAUUAACUAAAUACUUAUUAUUCCUGGUGGCAACCUCUAACCCGCCUAUCACUGGAAACUUCCAAGAGAAAUGUUUUCAGAAUAUGGUUAUUAUAAAUAUUUGUGCAUUAACUAAUAAAAAAUAUUUAGUAGUGCACCAGAACCUCUUAUGCUUGAUAAAUAAAGCCCAUUCAAAAAUAUCAUGCCAGAGACGUCGAAGAGAGUGUGGAUCCGCGGAGUUCCCUUCACCCCGUCAACUGCUAUUCUGGAGAUGCCUACUGACCAUUCUGGAGUCCUGUACCUCAGCCCAGAGACUGGACUUUUACAGUUACAGGAUGGCCCGGACCACAGUGGAGCUGCCACCAACUCAAGUGGUUGAAACUAGCGUCACCGAGGUUUCAACACCAGCCCCAGAGACCACCUACGAGGAAGAGCUACCCGAACUGGAGGAGUACGCCGUUGUGGACCAAGUCAGCUCGGACGAGGAAGAGCCCUCGGGCCACUCAGGACUCCGAGUGAUUGACAGCCACUUUCACCUCGACAGGACAUGCCGCCAGAUCUGGGGAAAAAGUAGCGGUCACACCGUCGAGGACCUGCUGGAAUACAGCUAUUCUGACAGUGCGAUCGAGCGACCAGGAUUGCCAGUGGACGUGGUUGGAGGUGUCAUUGUCUACAGUGAGCCCAGCACCUAUCCACCUGUGGAUUUUACGCUGCAGGGGCCCUGGAGAGUGGCUGUGGGUGUCCAUCCAAAGCAUUUUGAGACACUCACAGUCGACCGGAAGAUCUGCCUCCAGCGACUACUGGAGCAUCCAAAGGUUGUAGCCUUAGGAGAGUGUGGACUAGACCGUACCGUUCCUGCCGCCAAGUGGAGACGCCAAGGGGAGGUUUUCGCCAAACUACUCAGGAUGGCGAGACCAGCGCAGCCUCUGGUUCUGCACUUGAGGGGAGUAAAGGAGGAUGUCUACGGCACAGAUGUCUACAGGUCUGCUCUAGUCAUGGUGGAGGAUGCAUGUUCCAAGGAGCAGGGGAUCCAUCUCCAUUGCUUCAUGGGGGAAGAGGACGUCGUGCGUGCAUGGCUCCGGAGGUUUCCGAAAACAUAUUUUGGAGUCACAGCCGCAGUCAGACGGUUCGACGACCCCCAGAUUGAGGGUCUCCGAGCGAUCCCUAGGGACAGGUUACUCCUGGAGACUGACUCUCCGUACUUCCCACCCGGAAAGACCAGAAUCAGCACUCCAGCUUACAUCAGAGAGACAGCCGCCAUUGUAGCCGCCCACCUGGAUGCUAGGACCCCGGAAAUCCUGGAGCUUGCCACCAGCAACGCUACAGCCCUGUACGGGUUGUAG